AUGCUCAACCUCCCUAUCAGAGAAUCAGAUAUGGCCUCCACAAAGGCCGUUAUUUUGGUUGGCGGGCCCUCAAGAGGCACCAGAUUUAGACCUCUAUCCCUCGAUGUCCCGAAGCCUUUGUUCGAGGUUGCCGGUCACCCCAUCAUUUGGCAUUGCCUGAAAGCCGUUGCCAAAGUUAAGGUAGUCCGAGAGGUCAUAUUGGUGGGGUAUUACGACGAAACUGUCUUCCGUGAUUUCAUCAAGGACUCCUCCAAAGAGUUCCCCAAUAUCCGUAUCCAAUACCUCCGAGAAUACCAGGCUCUCGGCACUGCAGGCGGUCUCUACCAUUUCCGUGACGCUAUUUUGAAGGGUCAUCCUGAGCGCUUUUUCGUCCUCAACGCCGAUGUCUGCUGCUCGUUCCCGCUGGGUGAGAUGCUCAAGCUGUUUGAAGAGAAGGACGCGGAGGCUGUCAUACUAGGAACACGAGUGAGCAACGAAGCUGCGACUAAUUUUGGCUGCAUCGUCUCCGACAGCCAUUCAAAACGCGUGGUACACUACGUCGAGAAACCCGAAUCCCAUAUCUCCAACCUAAUCAACUGCGGCGUCUACCUCUUCGCCACGGAAUGCAUCUUCCCCUCUAUCCGUAGCGCAAUCAAGCGACGCACGGCGCGCCCACGCCUCCUCUCUUACCCAUCGUCCGACAACCUCGACUCAUAUCAAAUUGCCAACCAUGUCGACGAUGGAGAAAAGCCCGAAGUCCUACGGCUAGAACAGGACAUCCUCUCAGACCUGGCUGACAGCAACCGCUUCUUCGUCCACGAGACCAAGGACUUCUGGCGCCAGAUCAAAACAGCCGGCUCUGCCGUGCCCGCCAAUGCCCUCUAUCUUCAACAAGCAUUCCAGUCACAGUCCGAAGAGAUCUCCGUGCCCUCGGCCACCAUCGUACCACCCGUCUACAUCCACCCGACCGCCACCGUCGACCCAACUGCGAAACUGGGGCCCAAUGUGUCCAUUGGUGCCCGCGCUGUGAUUGGCCCGGGUGUGCGGAUCAAGGAGUCCAUCGUCCUUGAGGAUGCAGAGAUUAAACAUGACUCGUGUGUCAUGUACUCGAUCAUCGGGUGGAGUAGCCGUGUGGGUGCAUGGGCACGAGUGGAGGGUACACCGAUCCCGGUGGGGAGUCAUUCGACAACAAUCAUCAAGAACGGAGUUAAGGUACAGAGUAUUACAAUUUUAGGCAAGGAGUGUGCGGUGGGCGAUGAAGUGAGGGUGCAAAACUGCGUUUGCUUGCCGUAUAAGGAGUUGAAGAGGGACGUUGCCAACGAAGUCAUCAUGUAG